AUGUUUGAAGCUGAUCAUAGCUCCGAUGAAGAGUCGCCCAUACCCGAUGCCGAUUCGUGCGGUAAAUCCGAAUUGGUUAAACUAUUCCAGCAUGAUAUAUCUCCUGCGUCCGAAAUAGCGGCCUCUUUGAAGCGUACUUGUGGAUUAUAUCUCUCCCAGUCCUGCGAUAAUAGCUCCCUCGCCGUUGGAUUAUCUCGGAAAGAGCUACAGAUGUAUCAUGUGCGGGACAGCGGAGAAAUUACCCUUGCAAAUAGUUCCCUAGCACGAUACGAAACGGGCAUACGAGGGGUGAGGUUUUUCAACGGUGAUCGCAACAGUCUGCUGUGCUGUACCGAGGCUGGCGAUGUGUUUCUUUACGAUUUGCGUGCUGGAUCUGAAGUGCAUCGGUUCGAAGACACAUCGGAAGGAAUGAAAAAGACAAUGACCUCAUGUGAUAUUAAUCAAAACGAUCGCGUUCUCUGUGCAUCAAGCGAGGUACAAAAGAAUGGUGACAGUUUUUUGCUCUUCUUCGACGUGCGCGAGCGCAAGUACCUCGGGUGUUACUGGGAAUGCCACAGUGAUGAUAUUACAAACGUGCGCUUCCAUCCGACGGAUCCAGAUCUGUUUGCCAGCACCAGCGUAGAUGGACUGGUGAAUGUGUUCGAUAUUUCAAAGCUAACCGAGGACGAUGCUAUGAAAUACUGUUUCAACGUAGAGACAUCGAUCGAUUCCAUCAACUGGCACACGGACCCGUCAGGGCGCGAUCUGGUGUCGUGUGUAACAACCACAAACGAUGUGCAUGUUUACGACGUGGAAAGCCAGGAUCGCGUGAUGUUAUUCGAUCGCGAACAUAUAACUCAAUCCAUGCGGCGUACGUCAGCAAUCGAUUGCAAUGUAGUGGGAACGUUUAACUAUGGAAACGGCAGCUUUUUCGUACUAGCGGGAUCGAACUUCAACAGAGGAGCCGAAUGUUUACGGACACUAAAAUACGAUAACAAAUGUCUACUACCCGGACGAUCAUUGAGUGGCAACAAGCAGAUAGUGCGAGCCAGUGUCUACAACGAAAAGGACCAGUAUCUGAUUGCAACGGGCGAAUGCGGUUUGAUUACGCUGUGGAAGUGCCAGGACGGCCCGGAGAGCACUGUCAACAGCGCGAGUAAGAGCAUGAAACACAAACUGAACGUUAGUCAUCGCGCGAAACCCUACUGA